UCAAAGUGAGUCUGGAAAGAAGUCACUAAACUCGCUUCUCACCUCUUCUCUCGUCUCUUACCUAAAACUCCAUAGGAUACUUUUUGCCAAAAGCAAUAUGACAGCGCCUAGAACCAAGAUACAUGGAUUACGAGCCAGUAUGUGAAUAUGAUAUAGCUGAACAGUACCUGUGCUGUUAUGCAGCGAAGGCCAUCAUCCAGGAGUGUAAAAAUACCUCAUCUAAGCUGCUUAUGAGGCCUUCUUUGCCUUCUUUCCCAGUUCACUUCCCUCCUCCCUGUGGAAAAUUUUCCCUGUCUUUUCCCAUUUUCCCAGGAUAUCACUCUAUAAUAAAAUUAAAGUACCUGGAGUUAAAAAAUUACCGCUUAAACUGUGAGAGUAAUACUUCUUCCCAUUUACAAUGGCAGUCUUAAAAGUGACAUUUACGAAGACAAAUAGAGACAAAUUGGCCCAGGUUUUAUGGGUGCUAAACUGGGUGUCCGUGAUAACAGGUGUCACACUUUUGAGUCUGGGCCUGUUCCUAAAAGUGGAGAUUCAGAAGAGGCAUGAGCUGAUGUCAAAGGAGAUUGACUCUGUGCCAAAUAUGCUUAUAUCUGUUGGCUUGACUGCCUGUGCGAUCAACUUCUUGGGGAGCAAGAUCUGCUACGAUUGUGUGGACACCACCAAGUUCUUGCGAUGGAAGCUGCUGAUGCUGCCUUACAUCAUAUGUACCUUUUUCUUUACGUUUUGUAUCCUUGUGGGGGCCCUGAUGUGUUAUAGCAUGCGCAACGAUCUGGAAGAGUCACUUUUUCUUGGCUUGCGUGACAGCAUGCGGUACUAUAAGGAUACAGACAUGCCAGGCCGCUGCUACAUUAAGCGCACAAUAGAUAUGCUGCAGAUGCAUUUCCAGUGUUGUGGUAAUGGAGGGUAUCGGGACUGGUUUCACAUCCAAUGGAUCAGUAACCGCUACCUGGAUAUGACCGAUAGUGAAGUGGUGGAUCGGCUACGGAGUAAUGUGGAGGGCAAGUAUCUGAAUGAUGGGGUGCCCUUCAGCUGCUGUAAUGUGCACUCUCCUCGGCCCUGUAUCCAGCAUCAAAUCACCAACAACUCAGCACACGUCAACUAUGACUACCAGAAGGAGGAGUUAAAUGUGAAUCGAAGGGGCUGCCGACAGGCCCUACUUGAACACUACACACAGAUCAUGCAGUCCAUUGGUUUAAUUGUUCUCAUCAUCUGGCUUUUUGAGAUCUCUGUGCUGACAGGAGUGCGAUAUCUUCAGACAGCCAUGGAAAAUCUAUUGAGGUUAGGGGACCCUGACUCAGAAUCUGAUGGAUGGCUUCUGGAGAACAGUAUUGCUGAUACUGCCCGUUAUAACUUCAACAUCAUCAAGAACUUGGGCAAGUGCUACCAGGUGGAUGAUGACCCCAACAUUGAUGUUCCAAGCACAAGCCAGCAAACACAAGAGAAUGUCCCCACCAGCCAAAUCACAAAGGCCAGGUAGAAUAAGAGACAUGUAAAUGCAAACUCUGGACAUUGAGACUUGAACCAGCCUUCCAAAAAUGGCAGCCUUGAAGAGGCAAAUCAAGCUCUGCAUUGCAGCUUAAUAUAUUUGACUCUUUACUCAAAGUACACAAAGUUGAAAGAAUAUGAAGAAUGAACUUGACAGAAGUCGGAACAGUUUUACUAUAUUAAAAAGGUGAUCGCUGUUUAAUGCAAUGUAAUCCUUGUGCCAUACAUAAGGAAAAGGAAAAUGAAGGAAUCUUUGCAAGAGCACUGUUAAAUGAUGGGGAAGGACAUAAAGGGUGCAGAACUGAUUUGUACAAACUCUACAGCCAGUCAAUCUCAAUAAUCAACCAAUCUUAUUUUACAGGAUAUGCAAAUGCAAUUCUAAAAAGGGAGAAAAAUCUAGAGACCGAUGACUUACAAAGAAAACCUAGGAUGAACGUGAUGAUAACAAGACUGUAAAGGUGGUAGUGGGAGAAAUUUGUGCCUCUACCCUGUAAUGAAGAUUAUUUUGCUCAUCCUAAUAAUAUCUUAAAUAAUAUGUAGUACUGUGAAAAGGGUUCAAAUAAAAGGCCUUUUGUUCCAUAAGAAGGUAUUUCCAUCCAUAAACUAUAAAAUGCCUUUUGGAAUCCAAAAAGGAUCUUUUUCUCAUUCAGUUACUUGCUCGGUUUGUGUCAUCGUAGGUUUGUAUUCAAUUUCACAACUAGUGAACCAUAUUAUCUGGAGAAUUACUGUAUCUUACUGUAAACUGUACAGUGUUUUCAACUGGUCUCAACUCAUCACAAGCACUCUCAG